CGUUAGUGUAAAAUCUUUUUACUUUCUUUUCUGAGAAUAUUAGAUGAGAUUGGGAACGUGCUCCCUGGAAAACGCACAUGUGGCCUACACUUUCUUGGAGCUGACGCCCAACAGAGAUGUUUACAAAAUUAUAAAACCAUUUUAAGACAGGUAUUUCUUGUUGAGAGUGGACAACACAAAGAUCUUGUAGUAAAUGUCAGACCGAUUCUACAUUGUUCUUGUAGGCCUAAGAGGAAAACACGUGCUAGCAAACACUCUUGAGAAGAUUUGAUCGUUUAUGAAUGAAAAAAUAAUUUUAUGUUUUAAAGUUAAUAUUGUGUUGAACAUAAUCGAUGGAUUCUAGAUGAUCACUGACCUCCUAAUUUGUAUAAAAUAAAAUAAAAUAAAAACCCCGGCUCGAUCACAUUAAGCGGUUAUGACCAACGGCUAGCAACAUUUUAGACGGUUUAACGGUUGGUUGACCAGGCUACACGAAUUGAUAAAAAAAUGUUAAUUCGAUUGUUUAUGGUCUAAUAUAUAUAUAUUGGACCAUUAAAGAGACAAACAUAAUAAACACUGAAGCAAAGGUUCAAAACCUCGCGUAUUUUCGCUGAGGUGCUGUUUGCUAAUUCGUUGACACCAGACAGAACUACUAAAUGAAAACUAAAUCCAAAUUUGCAUCUGAAUACCAAGUGAGAAGAUAAAACGAUGAGUAAAUCAUGAUUUAUUGACAAAACAAUUCGAUUUCGACACAUAGCUGUUUAAUUUCGAUAAGAAAUCAAUGAGGACAUGUCAACGAUGGUCCAAACCCGUCUGAAAUGUAAAAACACGACAGUUUUGACGAGGGAGACGUGCAAGUUGUGUUGUAAACUAAACACACAAUCAUCAAUCAACACUGAGGGUCUGCACGUCCACAUGGUCUUCAACGCGUUCAGCCACACCCCCUGUUGAAUCUAUAGGCGGAACGGUCUUCAUAUAUAAUGUGGAGGAACAUUGUGUACCUUCAGUUCUCUGGCACUUUCACCGCGGUCAACAUUAUCAGGUCUACAGGUUCACGCUUCGGCAUUGCACAACCUUUGGGGAAGUUCGUUUCAUCCGUGUGGUCCACAAAAACAGCAGCGAUGAUCAUCAGGCUCGGCAGACUGACUCCUGGAUACUUCCGUCUCCUGCAGAGGCAGGUAGCAGGAGAGGUCCAGGCCCCGGCGCACGACCGCUCCGUCAACCAGAUCGCCAUGAUGCUGGCCAUCAUGGGCCUUAGCCUGUCCUACUACAGUGCCAAACAGAUGACAGAGAAGGUUCGCCAUGAGCCCACCCCGUGAAGAUGUGUUCUCCGGCAUCCGGAGAAGACCAAGCCAAACUGAAGAUUCAGUUGGAUAUUCAGAUGUUGAAGAUGUUCAGACUCUGUCACGCCUUUCUAUAACUGCUGGAUCUCCAGGGAUCACACACACACCAUGGGGCUUCUGCUUAGAAGUUCUCUUGCUUUAGUUUAGCUCUCAAUGGGGUCUGGAAGGGGUUAAAUGUUGUGGCCCGAGUUUCGAUAGCUGCCGUGGUACAUGCAUCAGAGAGUCAGUCAAUUCUGCUGGGAAAAUACACUCGAGCUCCAUCAGCGCAUGACUAGAUAUGGAGCUCAAUUCUGAGCCAUAAUGUCUUUUAAAGGGAAGGACCUCUGCAUUUGAGAUGUACCAAGCAACUAUUGAAAGCAGGGCCACUGCACAAGGGUGAAAUGCUGGUUUAAUUUCAGAUUUUCCCCAAAAAGAUGCUAUUGAAGAACACCAGAGCCUUGGGGACUUAUAGUGGAGAUACUGCUCUACAAUACUACACUUGUGUUAGACACUUUAGGAAAUUUAUUGCAGUUCUACAGAGACUGUUUGAGGACCUUAUGUUAAAGUUACUUGCUCCUUUCAUAAUAACACAAAAAACCUCUUCAUAUCAUCUUGUUAGUCCUGACAAAUGGCUCCAAUCCACCAAUUUUUUUUCUAUGUGCAAUUGCAUGAGUUUGAAGCUGGUGAAACCAAUCCAUAUGUUGUUUCUAAUACUUUUAUGAUAAUGUGAUGAUGAUGAAUGUACUUUAUGUUGUUAUAUUUUUAAGACACAAUGAUCAAAUAAAGCUGUGAAUAAUUUGAACACGA